UUUCCCUCGGCCCGCCUCGGAUAUAUGAGUAGCCCUUGACCCGACCGGCUCGUCUCCUCGCCCAACCAACCGAGGGCAGCAAAUCCCACACAUCGAUCGAUCGAGCAAUGGAUCCCAGUCCCCACCGGCGGAAUCGAAUGGAUUGCAUGACCGACUACAAGAUCUACGACGCCUUGGAUCUGCAGGCAUGCCUAGCUUCCUUCUGCUGCCCACUCCCCGAUGACCUGCGGAACUUGCCCUCUCUUUAUCCCAAGGCCGACGGCCUCUCCGACGAGCAACUCAAGCAGCCGGAAUAUGACGCCAUGCUAUCUGACGGCGGUCCCUCGCGCUUGGAGGUUGUCUACUACCCGCCAGGCCACCCAGAACGCCGGUUCCUGGAAAAAAUGAGAAAACGCCUAGAUGAUGAUGACGAGUAUGACAGACGCGUGGCAAAAAUGAGAAAAUACCAACAUGAGGACCAGCCUGACCAGCAUGACGGAGCCGCAACCAAGGUGGUGCUGCUGACUCAGAUGCUCUCAUCCGACGACCACAUCGAGGACGAGGACUUCUACCAUGACUUCCUGCAGGAUGUCACGAAUUCCGCGCGCAAAUACGGCAACCUGGUGAGGGUUGUCAUCCCACGGCCCAGCUCUGGCGGCGCUCCGGAGGUUGUUGGAGUCGGAAGGGUGUUCCUUGAGUACUCGCUCCUUGAAGGCUCGGCCAGUUGCAGGAGGAACAUGCAUCGCGGUUGCUGGGGUGAUAAGCGGAUUGUUGCAGUGUUCUAUCCCGAGGACAAGUUUGCUGCUGGAGACUACGGCUACGAUGGUGGAGACUACCCUUAAGAUCGAGGAGGAUGAAUUGUUCUGCUAGCUCUCAUUUGGUACAAGUAGUAGACUGGUCUCUUAUACGUCACUGUAUUAUGUAACGCAUGCAAUCAUUUUGGAAGCACCUUGUAUGAAACAGGGUUGUUGCAAGUUCCAUGUGUUAUGUUAAUAUAUGUAAUAAUCGGUCACAAGUUUAAUGUGUAAUAAUCGGGCACAGCAGACCUCCCUUCGUGCCACAGCUUCAAGCUGAAUAGUUUGAGCUUUUGCCAGUCCAUUGCUGCUAAAUACUUGUGUUGGUAGUCUUACAAAGUCAAGGGGAAUACUUUGG